AUGGGGUUUUGGUUGCUGCUUACAGCUCUGCAGCUAGCCCAGUUGGCCAUCACGGCUUUACCAACUACUCCCAAAACGAGAGUCUCGGUGGUCACAGCAGCGAUAAGCUUCACUUCAUCUGCACUAUUUGCCUGUUUAUCAGAUUCUGAACAUAGACUGUCUACCCGACCGUCAGACCUUCUGGCUAUAUUUUUAUUCGUGACCAUCGUGCUGGACAUUAUCCAUUUAUACAGCCUCUAUAUGAUAGAAGGCACAGUUGUUGUUGCAAUCAUACUGACAACAUCGGAGGCAAUUAAAUUCAUUAUUCUGAUCCUCGAAUCAUGGAGCAAGAGAGGCGCAUUAAGACAACCAUACUCAAAUUAUCCCGCGGAGGCCCUGGCUGGUACUAUCAGCUUAUCCACUUUCUGGUGGCUCAAUCGCUUAAUGUGGCUGGGAUACAAAGACUCGCUGACCCUUGAUAUGCUGUCAGAGCUUGAUCCUAAUAUGAGCGCUAAGAAUACGUCACAGAAAUUCAGCGCAGGUUGGAAGAGAGUGGAUCAGCACAAAACCGCUGCUUUGCUCAAGUACUGUUUCUGGAGCAAUAAAUGGCUUUUGAUAGCCGGUGUCAUUCCACGCUUGUGUCUUAUUGCAUUUACCUUCUCACAGCCAUUCUUAUUGGCGAGAGUCAUUGAUCAUGAAGAAGACCCCAAUUCAUCUCAGGCAUCCCGUACUUGGGAUGUGAUUGCCUAUGUUGUAGUCUAUGUUGGAAUAGCUCUUUCAACCGGCGCAUACAUGUACUUCACUACUAAAUUCAUCACAUUGAUCAGAGGAGGCCUUAUCGGACUUCUCUUUGAAAAGGCCCUGGAACUAAACCCUAAGGAUACCGGAGAAGCUGUUUCUUCUACCAUUACUCUUUUGAACAGUGAUACAGAGCGAAUCAAUCUAGGUUUGCAACAGAUUCAUAACGCAUACGCCUGUUUGAUCGAGAUUGGUAUAUCAGCGUGGCUUUUAGCCCGUCAGUUGGGUCUUGCUACUGUCGGGAGUGUUUUGUUUUGUUUCUCAUGCGUCAUAACCGGAAAUAUAAUAGCGACAAUGGCCAACAAAUGGCUAAAACUAUGGCUCGGAGCUAUUGAAAAGCGCGUAAACUUUACUACACACAUUGUCAACCAGUAUCGAUCCGUCAAAAUGGCAGGUCUCUCAAAACUACUUGCAUCCAAGGUAUCGUGGUUCCGCGAGGAUGAGAUUAGGGUUUCUAAGACCUAUCGGACUUAUAUUGUUGGCAUUUUCAGUCUGACUUAUGUAUCAAAUACAAUUGCCCCAGUUCUUGGUUUCACGAUCUUUGUUCUCUCCAGGACGGUGCACGGUUCUCGCGUUCUGGAUUCAACUCGAGCCUUCUCUGCCCUAACAGUCUUUUCCCUACUAACCCAAUCAGUGAGCAUGUUCAUCCAGUCUAUCCUCGAGGUUAUGAACUGCCUAGGCUGCUUUGAGCGCUAUCAAAAAUAUCUUGCCGGCGAAGAACAAUCUAAGGAAGUCAACGCACCAAAGCCUGUUGCUGAAGAGCAUGACGAAAGAUAUGGAUUAUCUCCCCAAAGCUAUGAAGUAAACUCCAGCCUUGAACUCACUGGCUUGAUAUCAUCACCUUCCCACGACACAUUCGCCGACCUCUCAGCCGAUCGGACAAUAGUCAUCGCAAAAAACGCAAAUAUCGGGUGGGACAACGAACGAGCCAUCAUCUCAAACGCAACAUUUACUAUCAACCAGGGCAGUUUAACCGUGAUACAAGGCGACACGGCCUCUGGAAAAUCAACCCUCGUAAAAGCCCUGCUCAGAGUUGCGGUCGUACAACAAGGUGCUUUUACGCCGAGAUUCCCGAAUGCCGGAUAUAGCAGUCAGGAGCCGUGGCUUAUGAAAGGGACUGUGAGGGAAAAUGUUGUUGGCCCGUCAAAGUUUGAUGCAAAGUGGUAUGAGAUGGUGCUUGAUUGUUGUUCAUUGAAUAUGGAUAUUUCGCGUAUGGGGAAGGGUGAUCAGACUCUUAUUGGGGGUGAAGGUAUUCGGCUAAGUGGUGGACAGCAAUCCCGAAUGGCGUUGGCAAGGGCUGUAUAUUCGCGGCAUAGAGUCAUGAUUUUUGAUGAUAUUUUCAGUGCUCUUGAUCCGGCUACGAUGAACACGAUUAUGACUAAAUUGUUUGCUCAGAACGGGCUAUUCAGGAGACUAAAGACGAGCGUCAUUAUCGUGUCGAACAAUGCCUCACUUGCACAAUUAGCAAAUUCUAUCCUCAAAAUAAAUAGUGAAGGCAGCAUUGACGAAACGAUCAACGAAACAACCCCUAUAGCAGAUUCCUCGUUACGAGUCUCCGACAACGAAUUCGCCUUCAACGCCUUUGCACCAACACUAAGUCUACAAACGGAAAAAUCCCAGUUCACAAACUCAGCAGUCACAGUUCUACAGGCUGACGACGAGAAUCCAGAAACAAAAAAUGAAAAGGGCAAAAAACAAGAAAAGGGAAAUGAUAAGGUGUACCGAUAUUAUUUCAAGGCUGCUGGAAGGAGAAAUAUUGCGGCUUUCUUGGCGUGUGUUGUUGGGCUGGUGUUUGGGCUUUAUUUUCCACAAAUAUUGAUAUCUUGGUGGACAACACCCGGCGACACUACUCAUAGAUGGGGCAAUGGUGUUUAUCUCGGUGUUUACUUUUCUCUAGGAAUCUUUUCCUUGAUCUGCAUUGGCUCUGGAGGCUUGAUUCUCAUGUUAUUGAUCGUUGCAAAUUCAGCAUCUAAAUUACAUGCUUCAAUGAUUCGGACGCUGUUCAGGGCACCUGUACUUUGGAUUCUGCAAAGAGAUGACGGCGAUGUAAUCAAUAGAUUCAGUCAAGACCUGGGUUUAGUCGACGCGGUCAUACCGUUGUCCAGCUUCGUCACCGUCUUCUCCGGAUUAACAUGCAUUAUCCAAGCAAUAUUCAUUUGCGUCUCCUCCAAAUACUUGGUCAUCGCCGUCGUUGGCUCUAUCUUCGUCCUCUACAUUGUACAAAUCUUCUAUUUGCGUACAUCGCGACAACUACGAAUCCUGGAUUUAGAAGCGACCGCCCCCCUCGUCUCGCAGGUCCUCGAAGCGCUACAGGGAAACACCACCAUCAAAGCUCUCGGGUGGGAAUCCGCCUUCCGUGAACGACAACUCGAAUUACUCGACCAGUCCCAAAAGCCAUACUAUUUACUCCCCAUGGUACAACGAUGGCUCGGCUUCGUCCUCGACUUGAUAGUGGCCGGCAUCGCGGUUGUACUCGUCUCCUUGACCGUUAUGGUGAGAGGAAGCGCAACUAUCACAUACCUGGGGGCUGGUCUCACCGGUGUCAUCAAUUUUGCGUUGAAUAUGAACUUCUUGAUUCAGAAUUGGACGGUGCUUGAGACUGCUAUUCAGGCGAUUUGGAGGAUUAAAUUGUUUUGUGAGGAUACGCCGUCGGAGGAGACGGAGUCAACUAUUGAACCGCCGCCGAAAUGGCCGGACGUUGGGAAUAUUUCGUUUCAGAAUGUUUAUGCUUCUUAUGUUGCUGGCGCGAUAGAUGUUCUUGAAGAUAUUACAUUUGACGUUGAAGCUGGUCAGAAGAUUGGUAUUUGUGGGCGAACCGGAAGUGGCAAGAGCUCAAUGCUAUCCGCACUCUCCAAGAUCCUCCAAACCUCUCGAGGUAGCAUCACUGUCGACGGUCUAGAUCUCAAAUGGAUAUCGCCCGAUACUUUGCGUGAGAGAAUAUUGACUCUGCCACAAAAUACUGUUCUGGUGCCAGGCAGUAUCAGAGAAAACGUGGAUCCGAGCGGCACUUUAUCAGAUCCAGAAUGCAUAUCCUUCCUCGAAAAAGUAGGAUUGUGGGAAUUCCUUGAACAGCAGGGUGGACUCGAUGCACCUGCAAAUGAGCAAUCACUCUCAGCGGGCCAAAGUCAACUUUUGGUAGUGGCUAGAGCACUGGCGCAUCCUAGGUCUGUUAUGAUGAUGGAUGAGGUUACGAGCAGUCUCGACGCAAAAACAGACCAUCUCAUACGAGGAAUUAUUAAAGAAAACUUCCAGAACAACACAAUCAUCAGUGUGGCGCACAAGCUUGAACAUCUUCUUGAAUGUGACAAGGUGGUGGUUAUCCACAACGGUCGCCUUCAGGAAUACGACGACCCUCGUGUGCUAUUGGAGAAACCGGAGUCGCAUUUUAGAGCGUUGUUCUUUUGA